GCCAUCCAGAGGGGCCUCUGUCCUGUGACAUGACCUCCUUAGAUCAUCCGACCCUCACAGUGACUCCACAAAAUGUGGAUAUUAGCCCCACUCUAUAGUGAAGGAUGCUGAGGGUCAGAGAAGGAGACAAUAAUAAAGUAGUAGCUUGUAUAUUUAGUACUAACUUAGACACCAUGCUGAGCACUGUAUGUAGACUUUCUUAUUUUGUCUUUGCUAAUUUAGUACUAUUAUUUCCAUUUUACAGAUGGGGAAACUGAGGCUCCAACAGGGCCCUGGAAGAUGCUGGCUCUGCUCUAUUACCCUGCCUUCUACUACUCCUUGGCUGCCUGUGCCACAGUCAGGCAUGAGGCUUCACACCUGCUCGGCAGCGCACUGUCCUGGGCUCAUUUUGGGGUCCAGGUCUGGCAGAGGGCAGAGUGUCCCCAGGUGCCCAAGAUCUACAGGUACUACUCCCUGUUGGCCUCUAUGCCUCUCCUUUUGGGCCUCGGAUUCCUGAGCCUUUGGUACCCGGUGCAGCUAGUGAGAAGCUUCAGCCACAGGACAGGAGCAGGCUCGGAGAGGCUGCAGAGCAGCUAUGCUGAGGAAUAUCUGAGGACCCUCCUUUCCCUGAAGAAGCUGAGAAACAGCUGCCACACAUCCAAGUAUGGCUUCCUGUCCCAGGCCUGGAUCUGCUUCAGACACUAUGUCUACAUUCCACAGCAAGGUAUGGAGUGGGGGGCUGAGAUCCUGAGUGACAGGUGGCCUCCCCCUUCCUGUGCACAAAGCAGCCAUGGUGGGAGGUCAGCUCCUGUCACCCCCACAACUCUGUCAUCAGGAAGAACAACCCGCAACUUGGGACAGAGGAAGCCCCUGGCCUGGCCUGGCCUUGGUGGUCCAGAGUCCUAUGAACCUCGGCCCUUUUCCUGGGCCCCUGGGAAGGUGUGGGAACUCCUGGGCCUGGUUGGUGCUAGGCUCACCAUGCCCCUCUUUUUGGGGACUGCAGGAUUCCGACUCCCACUGACACUCGUGCUUUCAGCCACCCUGACAGGGACUGCCAUCUACCAGGUGGCCCUGCUGCUGCUGGUGGGUGUGGUACCCACCAUCCAGAAGGUGAGGGCGGGGAUCACCAUGGAUGUCUCCUACCUGCUGGCUGGUUUUGGGAUUGUGCUCUCAGAAGACAGGCAGGAGGUGGUGGAGCUGGUGAAGUCCCACCUGUGGGCUCUGGAAGUUUGCUACAUCUCAGCCUUGGUCCUGUCCUGCUCACUCACCUUCCUCGUGCUGAUUCGCUCACUGGUGACACACAGGGCCAACCUGCGAGCUCUACACCGAGGGGCUGCCCUGGACCUUGGCCCCCUACCUCAGAGCCCCCACCCCUCUUGCCAGGCCAUAUUCUGUUGGAUGAACUUCAGCGCCUACCAGACUGCUUUUACCUGCCUUGCACUCCUGCUGCAGCAGAUCAUCUUCUUCCUGGGGACCAUGGCCCUGGCCUUCCUGGUGUUUAUGCCCAUGCUCCAUGGCAGGAACCUUCUGCUCCUUCAAUCGUUGGCGUCCUUGUGGCCCUUCUGGCUGACCUUGGCCCUGGCUGUGACACUGCAGAACAUGGCAGCCCACUGGGUCUUUCUGAAGACUCACCAUGGAUGGCCAGAGCUGACCAACCGCUGUGCACUCUACGCAGCCACCUUCCUUCUCUUCCCCAUCAACGUGCUGGUGGGCGCCAUGGUGGCCACCUGGAGAGUGGUGCUCUCUGCCCUCUACAAUGCCAUCCACCUCGGCCAGAUGGACCUCAGCCUGCUGCCACCUAGAGCUGCCACUCUUGACCCUGGCUACUACAUGUACUGCAACUUCCUGAAGAUUGAGGUCAGCCAGUCGCAUCCAGCCAUGAUAGCCUUCUGUGCCCUGCUCCUGGGGACGCAGAAGGCCCAGCCUCGCCUGGUCCCCCAGGAUGGCCUCAGACUAGGCGCAGAAGAAGAAGGUGUGCCUUCCCAUUGGGGGUGGGAGAGUUGAGCCCACCCAUAGCUU